CCACCGCUGUGCUGCUUUUUCAGAUCCACGGGAUCUGACUGUGUCUCUCCCUCUUGUUGUUAGGAUCUCUCGAUAUUUCAGCUUAUAUUACCUAUCUCUUUGCUGAAUAUUGAGCGGCAUGGACCAUUUCGAAAUGCAAAUGAAAUGACAUUACUUCCCUUAGAGACUCUCCAUUCCGCCAUUCUCCUCGCCGCAGACUGAAUCGAGUCAGCACUCGUCAUCUGGACUGGACGUUUCCUCCCGGUCGCUUAUUCUAUUCCCCUCUCCCGAUCAUAUUUGUUCGCCAUGGAUGGCACGGCGCAAAACCGACCGGCGCAGCCUGCGCCGCAACAGCAAGCGUCCUUGAUCCGGCCGGAGCAAGUACAGAGACUGCCUCAGCUCAACCCAACCCAGAAACAACAGUUUGAACAGGGCGUGAGGAGGUUUUGGGAGAUUCUGAACACCACACCCCAAACGGAUCCCAAAUAUACCGAAGCAUAUACGAACCUGGUCAAGACUUCGAGCCAACUCAUGGCGGGGAUGAAGCAAUGGCAGCAACGAAAACAGAUGGCUCAACAACACGCAGCACAACAGCAGGUCUCGGCACAGGCGCAGACGCAACCACAACCGCAACCACAGGGACAGGCGCCUAGAGUCACAGGUCAACCUGCUCAGCCACAAGCUGGCGCGGGACCAGGCCAGAGCGGAGGUAGCGCUGUACAGUUCAGUCAGCUCUUGCCCGAGAUCCAACGAAAGGUGAACGAGCAACACUUCUACUACCCUCCGGCAAUGACAAAGGGCACCGAGCCUGCUGAAGUGUGGUUGCGCGAGGCAAAGGCCAGGUUGGGGCAAGCCCUGCAGAGACUUCAAGUCGCCAAGCAAAAGAAGGCCGAGUUUCAGCGUCAGGCUCAGCAGCGACAAGCGACAGGGAAUCCGUUGACUGCAGCAGAAAACGAGGUUUACAACAAUAAGAUUGCGCAGUGCGAUCGGGCGGUCAAUGAAAGUACCUCGUUUAUGAAGAAAUUCAACGAGCAGCAGGAACAAUUUCGAGCCGCGCAACCUCAACACCAGUUUUCAAAACAAGCUGUGCCCGUUAGUGAAGGAGCAGACACUACUGCCGCACCCCUUAUGCAGCCUGGUGUUCAAGGCCCUACUGCCCAUUCCAUCAGUAGUGCUGUUUCUGCCGCACGUAACCAAGCAAGCGCCUCACAAGCUCAAGCAGGCAGUCCGACGGCACCUGCACCUCAAGUCGGUCCCAACACUGGCGUAGGCACGUCUCACACUCCCGUUACAGCGACCCAGGCGCAGUUUCCCCAACCUGGUCAGGGAGAUAGCUCUGCAGGAGCUCGUCCACCGUCCCAUCAAGGACAAGCCAUGCCUCCUUUGCAACAACACGCCACGUCCGCGGGCAUCCAUCCGCACCCGCUCAACACAAGUAUCAAUGGCAUCAAGACAGCAACUCCUAACAUUACCAAGAAUUUACAAGUCCCCGAGCCUAAGCCUGUGGCGAUGCCUCCGUCCCGACCAACCUUGACCGGCGGCGCAGGGGUCGGGCUGCCCGGUCAGCUUGCGCAGCCUGCCAUCACUGCGUUGCCUGGAUAUGUGCUGGAGUCGAGCGAGGACGGGAGAAUUCUAUCUAAGAAGAAAUUGAAUGAGCUGGUGCGCGAGGUAUGCGGCCCAGGCCCGGACGAGCAGCUCGACCCCGAAGCCGAAGAAAUAUUCCUCGCUAUUGCCGAUGACUUCGUCGAUGAGCUGGUGUCAUCUGCGUGCAAGCUUGCCAAGCUCCGUGGUUCGUCAAGCCUAGAAUUGCGCGACAUUCAGAUCGUUCUCGAGCGCCAAUACAACAUUCGUGUGCCGGGAAUCUCAACCGACGAAAUUAGAACCGUACGACGGCCACAACCUGCGCCAGGCUGGGCGCACAAGAUGAGUGCAGUCCAAGCUGCCAAGCUGACAGGAGGCGCAAGCGCUACCGCUGCGACUGGCACCAAUGGAAAGGAGAACUGAGCAUGUUUACUCUGAGAUGAGUAUGUAAUUACGAUUCAUGAAAACGCCCAGGCGUUCGAAGGGUGGGCGAUGCCGCCGGGGUCACAGAUGGUCGUGGGGGUAUUUGUAUGGGACGACAGGGACGGCUCACCUUUUGCAUUGCGGGAAACCAAGAGACCAGGCUGGCGCCCCGGAGGAAUUUCUAGACAUUGUGAUCGAGGCAUUAUUCGGAUGUGAGAUACCACACGAGGUCAGAGGUCCAGAGGAAUUCGGCGUCUUCACAUAUCCACGGGUACGUACGUUCAAACCCAGUGUCCACAGAUUGCUAGGGAGCGCCUAUCAGCGCAGUUUGAAACGGUGCCCUCAAUGGCUGAGUGGUGAUGUCUGAUCUCGUACUCGGUACAGAGUACACUGUACUUAAACCGCGGCGUGCCUAAAGCUUCAGAUGUAGCCAUCGAGCUCAGGGACCGUCUAAGCUAGCGUGCCCCUUCCACAAAGUACCAAGCAGCUAAGAUGAGUCUGAAAAUGCUGCCCAAAACCUGAUGGAUCCAUGGGAAUUGGGCCUUGGGCGAAGGAGGG